GUGUGAAUCCUUGAUGAGAGCGAUUCAUAAGAGAGUCAUUAACUACACCUGGAUGUUUAUGUUGCUAAGUGCUUCGUCUGCGUGCAGUCUCUCAGGUGUUUCUGUGUGUGUGUGAGAGAGAGCAUGGUUAGCAUGGCAAAAAAGUUUGGUUGUAGCACAAAAAGUUUGCUACUUGGUCAACCGUGAGUGCUUUUUCCAUGAAACCAAGAAUUUCCUCCUUUUUCAAAGUAAAAGCCCCUUUCUGUAACCUGGCAGUUAUCAAAGUUGAAUCAGGACAUAGGUAAUAUGUCCGGUGAUCUCACGCAAAGGUCUAGACUGACUGUUACUCCUUCUAACAGGAACAAGCUGUUGACAUUGGAUUUAUGCCAACCACUUUUGUAAUUAGCUGCACCCGGUCAUGACUGUAGUGUCUGACACAAAGGGGAAAAAACCUGCUUGGGAACAUUAUUAGAACUGAAAGGUGUCAGAUUUCUCUCUCCUUUCCCCUGCUGCUGUCCUUCAAGCCUACAGGCGGUCUGGAUUUUUAAAAAAUUCCCGACCCGCUGUCUUGGAAUGAACUCUUGUUUAGCUCCAUCUUGUCGAAAAACACAAGCAAAACAAAUUUUGACAUACAAGAUAAUUAAUUUCCCUGACAUCUAAAACAGAAAAAGUAAUUAUCUAAUUUAAAGGAAUUAUUUCAGGGAAUUAUUUUUAAUGUGAUUACAAAUGGCAUUUUGCUGGCAAGUGCUGAUCAUAUAUGAAGAAUUAUUCCCUUCUCCUCAUCAGUCAUCUGUCACAAUCAUGGAAAGUAUGACUUGCGGAAUAUGAGUACAGUCGAAUUGUCAAAUUGGCUUAGGAUGUUAACUAAAUCUUGAAAUGACCCGGAAGUAUUUGAUCAGCAGCCAUGAUAAGAACUGCUUGGAUUCUCUAAAUCCAUAGGAAAGGAGCUUCAAUGCUUCCUUUCCUAUCUCCUUUAGCAGAGGGAACACUGGAAUUUCCUAUGCGAAACAGAAGGAGAUAUAGACGCCCCACAAUUCGUUGCGGCAGUGAUAUUUAACGUGAAGUGCCAUGCACGAACGUUAACAAUUCAUGCUCUCACUCAGGCCCCACUCCCCUCUACUUAAUGUGGUUACUUCUGGUUUCAAAAACUAAGAUGGCGCCAGCCAAAAUGCUAAGCCCAAGGCUUCAAACAGCAGCUCAGAAACCAAUGGGUGAUCUCCGCACGGGUUACAACUUGGCAGAGCAACAUAAAGUAGUAAUUCAUAAUAACAACAAUCAAUCACAGCUUUCUGACUGGAGACACACAAUGUAGCUGGUUUUCGUGCCAACAUGCCAUGCUAGCUGCCCAUGCAAUGCUAAAGUGAAGGAUUUUGGAGUCACUGUGGGUCUGACCCCUCACCUGGGCCCUACUGGCAAUUGGUGACCCAACCAAGUGGGGCGAGGGGCUGCCUUGGCUUUUGCCUGUGCAAAAUCAAGAAAAAUAAAACAACUUGAUUGAUAUUAAUCGAGACUCUUCCUCAGACUUCUGAGGAACUCCAAAAGAAGUCUGGCGAAGAACCUGGUGUUCAAAAUGUCACUACAGCAAAUAAAAUCCUUCCGUUACAGGAGCUUUUAAAUCAUACGAUGGGGAAUUUUUUUUUGACCAGUCCAAACUUUAGGUUGUCUCUUUCAUUAUUAUUGUUAUUCUUAUUGACCCUGGCCUUGACCUUUGACCAAUCAACUCAAAAGGUUAAUCAUCCGGAGAUAGCCUCCCAAGUAAUUUCCCCACCAACUUAAGUGAAAAUCCGUUCAUAUGUUGUCGAUGCUUCUGGCCAUGUGAGCUCUAGGGUAUUGAUGAUUUCAGUAGUGAGGCGAGAGGGACCACUAGAUGACGUGUGGGAAGACAUAAAUCGGCUGUACGAUCAAACAGCUGCCACAGCUGAGCAGCACCUCCUCUCAUCUCUCUUUCCAUGAUGGAGAUUGUGGAGGAAACCGAACUCUGCUUUCCACAACUCCUAAACUCCUCCUGCUGGAAGCUGAAGCGUUCUCACACUGAGGCGGUGCUCGUUUACGUCCUGCUGUCCUCCAUCGCUUUGCUCACCACAACUCUAAACCUGCUGGUCAUCAUCUCCAUUUCCUACUUCAAGCAGCUCCACACUCCCACCAACCUCCUGCUCCUCUCUCUGGCUGUCGCCGACUUCCUUGUGGGCCUCCUCAUGUCCUUUCAGAUUCUCCUCACAGACGGUUGCUGGUUUCUCAGCGACCACGUGUGCACCCUGUUUGGCGCCUUAGAGUUCAUUGUUUCCUCUGGGUCUGUAGGAACCAUGGUGCUCAUAUCGGUUGACCGCUAUGUAGCCAUCUGUGACCCUCUGCAUUACCACAUCAAAAUAACUGUGAGAGGAGUCGCCAUCUGUACCUGCCUUUGUUGGGCGGGUUCUGUUCUGUACAACGGUCUCAUUUUGAAGGAUAACUUCAAACAGCCAGGCAGGUAUAACUCCUGCUCUGGAGAGUGUGUGGUCCUCAUUUCCUACAUUGCAGGAGUUGCUGAUCUUAUUCUCACCUUUAUUGGACCGGUCGCUGUCAUCAUAGUUCUGUACAUGAGAGUGUUUGCGGUUGCUGUGUCUCAGGCUCGUGCCAUGCGUUCUCACAUUAUAGCCAUCACGCCCCAGAGCGCUCAUUCAGAGACAUUGCUCGCUAAGAAGUCGGAGCUGAAAGCAGCCAGGAUUCUCGGCGUUGUCGUGGUCGUUUUCCUGGUGUGCAUUUGCCCAUAUUUCUGUUCCUCUCUUGUGGACCAGAACAGCUUGUUCAGUGUGACAACUGUGCCCAUAGAGAACUGGCUGUUCUACUUUAACUCUUGUCUGAACCCGCUGAUCUACGCUUUUUGUUACCCCUGGUUUAUGAAAUCGGUCAAGCUUAUUGUUUCGUGUAAGAUACUUCAGCCAGACUCCAGCGAGGCCAGGAUAAUGUAGAGAGAGAAGAGCGUGUCGACAACUUUUCUGAGAAAGAGGAAUAAAAUGUGAAUUGAAGUCAAACAAAAUACAAUUUCUUAAGUAACUGUUAGUGUCUAUUCAUGUUAAGUGAAUAGUCACCUCCUGUGAACAAACAUAUAACAUUAAAUCUGUUUUACUUUAAUGUCAAUGUUUUACAGCAGCCUGCACUAAGUGAUUCACAGUAGGAGUUAUAGUUGUCAACAAAAAUGAAUAAACACUUAUAUGUGCUCAUAACUACAUUAUAUUGUGUUAUGAAGGGGACAGAGCAUUUACAAUCCGAUGCCUCCAGCUCUGAAAGAAGGAAAUCAGGUCGACUGACUCAGUGAUUUCCCUUUUUCCCUUCAUCCCUCCUCAAGACAUACUUCUAUAGGAGAGACUUUCCUGAUUUGACUCAAAUUAAAUUGUCUUUGAACACGUGUAACAACUGUUUUUAUAUCUGAUGAUUUUCUGACCAAUUGUUUCAUUCGCUGGCUUUUGAUGAACUUUAGGAACUGGAUGUUGAAAAUUCUUCUCUAU